GGCGGCGUCGGUGCGCAGUAGUAGGUAAAUCGCGCCCGGCGUGUCAACCGCGCGCGUGCUUGCAGCCGAUAGUGGCCGACCGCCGACAGACAAGAUUGAACCGUCGCGGCAGAGGGAGAGUGAAAAGUAUCGCACAACAUACCUAAUAAUAUCGCGAUGUUAUUUGUUUAAUUCGAUAUUCUACCUCGCCGCUUUUUGCUACCUUGGCAUUAAACAGGAAAACAAUUUCAUUUGAACUUUUUACCGCUUUUUCGUAGACAUUAUUAUUCUUAUAGUCGGUUCGCGGCAAUAGUGCGGCACAUUAAACUUUUUUUUUUUCACGCGUCCAGUACCCGCACACGCUGCCUGGCGUACGGUCGUGUAGUUUGCAUAGCUCGCAUAAUAAAUUGUACCUACGCAGGUAAUCUCACCACUGUCUUGUACGCGUAAAGUUUUGUUGUAUUGAGAACAUAAUUUUUUGUGCAGUCGUCACCAGCCGUUAAAUUUGGUUUUUUACGAAUUUUUUCCCGUUUCGCUGUCCUCGCGACGAUUCUGUUGUGCUCGCCAUAGCGAACGUGCUCGGAACGUUCGCCGCGCCGCUUGAUCCUGAUCCUGUACCUGGGCACGAUGUCUUGAGAGUGUGAACUGACCGAGCGGAAAAAUUGUUCACGAUAUCCACAUGGCCGGGGCACUGGAAAUUCUACAAGAAGAUGACUGGCAAGUGUGGCAGGAUACCAUCUCCUGGCUGGGCAACCCGACGGGCCCACAGGCAUCGCCGGUAUACAUGUGCGGUUCAGGCACUGUCCUCGGGUUGGCCCCGUCAACGGACAGCCACAGACGAUACGACCCGAUGGCACCCGACGUCGGCAACCAUCCUCUCGAAGACGCGCAGCACCAUCAGCACCAGCAUCCACCGCAGGACUCUGUAGUCUAUGGGACCGAGGAAUUCAUCGACCUGGACAUGUUGAUCAACUAUGUGGCCGACCAGCACAGCGGCACCAACGACCCCGUACCUCCGGACGCCACGAUGACGACCUACGCCGUGGACAAGUCGUACUACAGCAGGUUGGCCGAUUACAAUCCUGCCGAUUACAACGGAGUGAUGUACAUAUACUCACCCGGACCAGGCGGCGACUGCGGUCAGCUGAUAGAUGUCCAGCAACAUCAUCAGCACCAGCACCAGCAUCAGCAGCAACAUAACCAUCAACUCCUACAGCUACAGCAGCAACAACUACAACUGCUGUUCCAACAGCAGCAACAGCAACAACAUCAGCAACAGAUAUCUCCGCCGGCCAGCCCACCGGACGACAGCGACGGCGGAAACGCGAUCGCGGAAUCGACGUUCUUGGCGCGCCAGCUGAUGGCCGUCACGACGACGACGACGACGAUAGUGAAACCGACGCUCUUGUCAGCGACCAACGCGGCGGUCGUCAGCCGUCCACACAGACAAACGGCCACGGCGACGACUGCAGCUGCGAACGCGGCCGCUGUGUCCGCGGCUUACACUGCGGCCAUGAUGACGCCUCCGUCGUCGCCGCCCGAAGACGAUGUAAAAAUGGUUGCGACGGUGGCCACAAAGGCGACCACAGGCAGCCAACGAUCAUCGAGGCGGACGGGAGGCGUCGGUGACCGGCGGCCGCAACGCGCCAAAAAGACGUCAGCCAACCACUCAUGCGGUCACCCGGGAUGUGGAAAGACGUAUACCAAGAGCUCGCAUCUCAAGGCGCACUUGCGCACGCACACGGGUGAAAAACCGUACCAGUGCUAUUGGAAUGGUUGCGGUUGGAAGUUCGCUCGGUCCGACGAGCUGACCCGGCACUUCCGCAAGCAUACCGGUGACCGGCCGUUCAAGUGCCGGCUGUGCGACCGCGCGUUCUCCCGGUCCGACCACCUGUCGCUGCACAUGAAACGACACAACGUCUAGCGGACGUAUUUCAAAUCGGAAACAACUGCACAUCGAUUUUUUUUUUGAAAAUAUUACCGACAACAGAAAAAAAAUUAUGUUUACCACGACUAUCCCAGUUAUUAUACCAGUGUAGUACCUAUCGCACGUUUUUUUGAUUUUCCUCGUUAUCGUGCCAUGCAACAAUAAUUAAUUUCCAUAAUAUAUACCUGUACAACGCGUGCGUAUACAUUAUAAUAGCCGU